AUGUUUCUCGUUCCUCCCGGAGCGAGACAUGUGGUCAUCCAAGAACACGAGGCCUCCCCUCAAAUUCUUGCAAUCAAGAACCAAGCGACGGGCCACUACAUCCUCAACGGCAAAGGGGAGGAGGUCCGAUCGAGAAGCUUCAUUGACUUAGGCGUGGAGUGGCACUACAUGGUCGAGGAAGACGUGGAGACGCUGCACACCGACGGACCCCUGCCUGACCCCGUGGUGGUCCUGAUUAUACCUAAGGACAACGAGACCCGCUCCACUCUAAUGUACAAGUACAUCAUCCACGAGGACUCGGUGCCCGUCAACAACAACAAUGUCCUCCAGGAAGACACGUACGAGUGGGCCCUCAAGAGCUGGUCUCCGUGCUCCAAGCCGUGCGGCGGAGGCUUCCAGUACACCAAAUACGGCUGCCGGAAGAAAGGCGACACCAAGAUGGUCCACAGAGGCUACUGCGAUGUGGGCAAGAAGCCCAAACCCAUACGUCGGAUGUGCAACCUGCAGGACUGCGCGCAGCCCCAGUGGAUCUCGGACGAGUGGGAACACUGCACCAAAACCUGCGGCGGCCUGGGCUUUCAGAUCCGGACGGUCCGCUGCCUGCAGUUCCUCCACGACGGAACCAAUCGCUCCAUCCACAGCAAAUACUGUAGUGGGGAGAAGCCUGAGAGCAGGAGGCUCUGCAACCGAGUGGCCUGCCCUUCUCAGUGGAGGACAGGAGCAUGGUCGGAGUGCUCCGUGACCUGUGGCGAGGGCAUGGAGAGGCGUCUCGUCACCUGCCGAGUGGGAGACCACUGCAGCGGAGACAGACCCGAGAACGUGCGAGUUUGCAGACCGGGACUGUGCCACGACGAACCUUGCCAUGGCGACAAGUCCAUCUUCUGCCAGAUGGAGGUUCUGGCCCGCUACUGCUCCAUCCCGGGCUACAACAAGCUGUGCUGCGACUCCUGCAGCAAGCGUGGCGGCGGCGGCGCUCUCUCGCACUUCUCCGAAGCGGCCGGGACGGAGGAGGAGCACAUCCGUUUUGGCUCCGCCUCCCAGCUGCUGGAGACGCUGAUGGCCAACGCCACUCGGGCCGGUAAACAAGGCACGGCCAAACAAGGCGCGGCCAAACAAGGCGGGGCCAAACAAGGCGGGGCCAAACAAGGCACGGCCAAACAAGGCACGGCCAAACAAGGCACGGCCAAACAAGGCGCGGCCAAACAAGGCACCCGUAGAUCAGGCGCGGCGGCGAGACACGUAACCACGCCCGCCCCGUCCAAGAAAACCAAAACAACGACCGCGCCGAGGCGGUUCCCGCGGGACGUCACGGCGAGCUCCGGCAGCUUCACAGAUAGCCGGUGGCCCGCCUCGUACUCCAAAGUGGAGCGAUGAGGGCGGCGCCGUGUUCACGGGACUACACAGACAUUCUGAGUCUUCUCACGCCAACGCCAACAACGACGACGACCACGCCAACAAAGCAGCCGCAUACAGAAGUCCUCCAAGCGCGAGAAACAAAGAGACAAGUGCUGGUUCACUUUGUACACGCCACCUUCGGGCCCACGCCGACGUAAACGUCACUCGAACGUCUCGCGGCGGGAAAACGACGACACGCCGGGUUCGCUGUGAAAGGCAAACUCACUCAUUUCAAGAUAAAAGGACAAUUAAAGGGAUUUUAUUUUAUUUCAUCGGUCACACAAAGGCUUCAUUUAAGUCGGGAUCAAACCGUCACGCUGCGCCACUAAACACCCACCGCCGCGCUCGUGGUGACAUUUUGGGCCGACGGACGUGAGGGAGGUGCAAACGCUACGCCUGAUUGGGUUACGCCAUUUGUAUGCACGCACUGCACCAUGGG